AUGCGUGUUUUUCUUUUUGCGUUUUUCAGCAAGGUGCUGACCGACUUGAACCUCCGUCGCAACAACAUCCGCGACGAGGGCGCCGCUGCGCUGGCCUCCGCUCUUCGCGUCAACGGGGUGUUGACCACCCUCAACCUCCACCUCAACAAUUUGGGCGACGAGGGGAAGGGAGUGAUUCGGGAUGCGGUGAGUGGGCGGGUAGGGUUUGAGCUCAAGAUGGUGCUGAAAACGCUAAAUCUCUCCCGCAACUACAUCGGCGACAAGGGCGCAAAGGCGAUCGGCGCGGCUCUGCGUGGCAACGGGGUGCUGAAAACCCUCGACAUCGGCUACAACAAUUUCGGCCCCAAGGGCGUCGCCGCGAUCGCCGAGGCGCUGCGCGGCAACGGGGUGCUGACCCCACCUUCAGUGAGUGAGUGA